UAUAUGGGCAAUGACGUCAGCGCGGAAUGUUGGGACAAGGGUGAGGGGUUGUCCUGCUGGCGAGAGAGAGAGAGUGUGUGUGAGACACAGGCAGGGUACUGGCUGCGGCUGCAGGAGGAGCAAUAAAGCAACCCUAUAGAUACCGUAGCAUUGGUUCGCGGUUACUGAAUCCAGCCCAGACAACAUGGUAGAUCGCGAGCAGUUAGUGCAGAAAGCCCGCCUGGCUGAGCAAGCCGAACGGUACGAUGAUAUGGCAGCAGCAAUGAAAUCGGUAACGGAACUGAACGAAGCCCUUUCUAACGAAGAACGGAACCUUCUGUCCGUCGCUUACAAGAACGUGGUGGGGGCGCGGCGCUCAUCCUGGCGGGUCAUCAGCAGCAUCGAGCAGAAGACCUCGGCCGACGGCAACGAGAAGAAGAUCGAGAUGGUGCGGGCCUACAGAGAGAAGAUCGAGAAGGAGCUGGAGUCCGUGUGCCAAGAUGUGCUCAACCUGCUGGACAAUUACCUGAUCAAAAACUGCAGCGACACGCAGUACGAGAGCAAGGUCUUCUACCUGAAGAUGAAGGGGGACUAUUACCGCUACCUCGCCGAGGUGGCGUCUGGGGAGAAGCGCGCCACGGUAGUGGAGUCCUCGGAGAAGGCCUACGGGGAGGCCCACGAGAUCAGCAAAGAGCACAUGCAACCCACACACCCCAUCCGGUUGGGCCUGGCCCUCAACUACUCGGUCUUCUACUACGAGAUCCAGAACGCCCCCGAGCAGGCCUGUCACCUGGCGAAGACCGCCUUCGAUGAUGCCAUCGCUGAGCUGGACACCCUCAAUGAGGACUCCUACAAGGACUCCACCCUCAUCAUGCAACUCCUCCGCGAUAACCUGACGCUGUGGACGAGCGACCAGCAGGACGAUGAAGGUGGGGAGGGCAACAAUUAGGUCCCAGGCUGGGUGGGGGGUUGGGGGUUAAAGGGGGAAACUGGCUGCUACAGCUGUGACCGCAGUCUCUUUAUUUCCACUUGGGGUGGGGAGGGGGUGAGCCUCCGGUUACCCCCCCCUCCCUCCCCUCACUCUCUGCCCUUCGUUGAUGCCUCUUCGACAUUUUGCCAAAACACCACUAGCGGAAGGUCAGACUUGGGCUGUGCUGGUACAGAAUGGGAGCCACACACACACUGGCAUCUGGACUGUCCUGUAGUUAAAUAAGUGGAGCUGUUUCAUUUAACGUAAAGCUAGACUGAAGCAAAACUUGAAUGAUGAGGUCUGCACAUUUUUAAACAACAAAAAAAUUUACUCUUGUGGUUUCAGUAACCUUUCAUUGUUUAAAAAGGAAUAAAAAAAAACAAGUGUUAAUGAAA